UGCAGCCAAAACUACUGUAACGGGACUGGUUGUACUUCAAGACCAAUGAUGAAGUUUCUGCUGACAGCUGCAGCAUCAGUGUUGGUCAUCACUGAGUCCCUCACCUCAAUCCCCUGUCACGUCUUCUACCGUAAACAUGGGACGCAUGUGGACUGCAGAAACCGAAAUUUGAAGAAAGUCCCAAAUAAUCUUCCCAGGAACACUACAGAUCUUGACCUCAGCCACAAUAACAUUACCACCCUGAAAAACAAUUUUUUUAUUGGUUUAGCAAAUGUUGAAAGGUUACUGCUUGAAUCGAGUGGGAUUCAUGUCCUAGAAGUCAACAGUUUCCAGGGCCUGUCUUCACUGCUGGAGUUAUCCCUCAGUUACAACAACCUAUCACCAUCAGCCUACCCCGCUGGGGUCUUCAGGCACCUCAUCAAACUCCUCAAGCUCAAGUUGCAGGAUGACCUCAGACCAACAGAAAAUAUCUCAUUCCCAGAUGAAGCACUUGCAGAUUUGGUGAAUUUAAAAGAAUUGUGGCUAGCCUCUCCCCCUGAGCCUAUCUUCGGAAGAGGAUUCACUGGACUCAGACAUCUUGAAUGUCUUUACUUUAACACAAGAGCGUGUCAACUCACUGCACUCAGGAAUGACACGUUUCACGCCUUCAAGGAUACGCCAUUGAGGAGGCUAUAUAUCACUGGUUGUCAUCUGUCAAUCCUCGAAGCUGAUACCUGGGGAAACCUCCAGCACCUCAGCGUCUUAUCCAUAGAGAAGGCGAGGUCUGUUGGUCUGAAACCAGUCUUGAGGUCGCUCUAUGGCCUUGUUGGGAACACCAUGUCGCUUAUCACCUUCUCUGCUGUAGGGCUAGGCAUUGGCGAGAAUAGUAUGUCUAGGCUAGAAAACAACGAAACACUUGUUCUCACAAAAGGCAUGAUGGCAUAUUUAAAUCACAUAUGUGUAGAAAAGAUUGACCUGAGUCAAAAUAGAAUUGUCAUCAUCGAAGCUGAAGCUAUCUGUGAUACAUGUUUAUUUAGAAAGUGUUUAAAAUACAUAAAUGUGGCUGGAAAUAUGAUGUUAGGGGAGAUAUUUGUGGCUGUAAAACUACUCUUUUUUCAAGAAAUGGAAGUCGUGGAUGUAUCAUAUCCUGUAGUUUCGUAUCACGGUAACCCAAGAAGAAACAGACAGCCCAGAGACACCAUCAAGCUACCCGUUAACAUAAGGUCGAAACCUUCACUGGAGAUUCCUCUGCCUUUUUCAAUCCGUUCGUUAAACAUAUCUGGUAUAUACACCUACGGUCGUCUGAACGCUUCUUACAGUUCAAUUCACGUUAUAUCUCACAACCCAAACUUUACUGAAUUAGUAGCUGCAGAUUCGGGAUUUUUUGAAGGAACUCGUCUUUACGGAGCAGCCACGCUGAAAUCUCUGGAUCUCUCUGGUACCAAUCAGAGGUACAUUCCCCCCGACAUGUUUCAUAGUCAGCCAAAUCUGGAAAUGUUACAAUUAAAAGACUGUCAAUUGGAUCUGACAAGACCGAACACUGAAAACCUAUUUCAACCUUUGACAAAGCUGACAUAUCUGGAUUUAUCUGGAAAUAUACAAUCAGUUUUGUAUGAAAACAUUUUCAUCAACCUGAGCAGUGUGACACGUCUGAAUCUCUCCAACACAGGGCUAACUGACAUCCCGCAUUCAGUCCAAGGUUUAACCCGCCUUCAACAUCUUGACUUGUCCCAUAACUUGAUCAGUCAGUUUCAGUCCCGCACGAAACAGAUUUUAGAUGACCUACAGCAGGUGUCUCCUCAUUUACGUGUGUCGUUGACUGGUAAUACCUUAGCAUGUGGUUGCAACAGUGUUGACUUCAUGGAAUGGAUGAUGGUGACGGAUGUCGUCUUCGAUGACGUGCAGAUGUACAGAUGUAUAGACGAAACAGGCAAGCUGGGUCCGUUGAUGCUAGACUGGACUCACUACAAUACCCUCUGGCGUGCAUGUUACAGCAGAAUAUGGCUGCCAACAGUUGUUUCUGCAUUCUUUGCUUUGUGGAUUGUCAUCCUGUGUGUGGUGCUUGCUAACAGGUAUGGCAUGCUGUGGAAGCUCUUCGUCCUGAGGAUGUUUGGUCUGCCGUUUGAUAAGCCUGACCGGAAGCAUUUCCAGUUUGAUAUGUUCCUUUACUAUGCCUCGUCAGAGCAUCAAGACCUGUUGUCCUGGAUAUUCACCACUUUCAGACAGGAAAUGGAAAACAAGCGACAACUACGCAUGUGCAUCCCUGACCGAAACUUUGAUGUGGGUGUGUCAACUGCAGAGGAGAUUGUAAAGGGCAUCAACAACAGCUGGAAGUCAGUGAUAUUUGUCACUGAAAAGUUCCUUCAAGAUGAAUGGUGUUUCUUUGCUCUGUCAUCUGCCCUGUACUCCACCACAACGCUGAUGCCUAAGCGAGUCCUUCUUCUCUACACCCCGGAUGUGUUGGAGAAGGGGAAUCCCCUGCCGCCGGUGAUGGGUCAACUCCUGGAUCAGGGCACAGCCUUGGAGCUGGAUACCGACGGCGAUGACGACUGGUGGACAGAGCUGCAGGAAAAGGUACUGGCGUGGAUAUGACUAUUUAAACCUGUCCGUCGUUAUUGAACAACUGUGGACGAGGCUUCAGGAAGAUGUGUUCAGUUAUUUGGAACAAGUACUUGUAUAUAGUUAUGAUGCUGUAUACCAGAGGAAUGGUUGACAGAACUUCAUCAACACGCGGUGUGAUGGAUAUGAACAAAUACUCAUUUGUCGAACAGAAGCAGUUUGCAUUUUACACAAUAAGGAUGUUUAUUUCAUGAGUUUUAUGAUUCAUCACCAGAUAGACUUUGUGUCAGUUGUCCAGUUUCUUGACAUUUGCCCAUAUUACAAAGGUAAUCUGUAGUUGCUUAAAAUAGCAUUUGUUAGCAAUCUAGCAUAAAUAGACAAUGGAUAUCACCUUCACUUACCGCUAGGAACAGGCUCGGAAAUAACCCCUUUAAAAUCUUUCUAUUAGAUCAGACAUAAUUGUUUUUUGUAAAAAUAAUUUUUUUAUUCAGGGUUAAGAAUACAUUGUACAUGAUAUAAUGCAUAUUAAUACAUUAACUCUUUGUACAUCAUUUGUAAUGUGACGAUUGAUAUUACUUGUGAUAAUAAAUGAUUUAAUGCAUAAUAUAUAUGUAUCACAUGAUGGAAUCCCUUUUUUAUCAUUAAAACACAACAGCCAUUCACACUUCUCAUACAGACACCAUUUACACGCUCUCACACAGGGACGUCACAAGCACUCUCUCUCUCUCUCUCUCUCUCUCUCUCUCUCUCUCUCUCUCACACACACACACACACACGCACACACACACACACACACACACAUUAUAUUCUCAAAGAGAGAUCUCAAACCUCAAAUCAGUGGUUUCAAUUGAAUACAUAUACAUAUCCUAAAAUUCAAAAAGGUUGUGGUACAUCAUCCAGUCUUUGUUAAAUUCCAAACCUCUGUUUGUGGACAAAAAACAUCUUUUCUCUAUCUUAUAGCGAAGUUUGAGUUCAUUCUUUAAAAACUGUACAUUCAGGAGUAUAUUUUGAACUCCACAUCUGUAGAUAAAGUAUUUUGUGAACAGGAUGAUAAAAUCAAACACUUUAUCAGUAAUAAGAUUUUCUUUAAAGCCAAAAAUAAUAAAUUCUGCUGAAAGAUUUAGAUUAUGAAUGUGUCAACAUUUGUCAUUUAUUCAGCUCAUAAACUGUUUCCAGAAAUUCUGUACAAUAUCACACUCCCACAAGAGAUGGAAGAUCGUCUCUCUAUCAUCACUGCAAAAAGUACAUCGAUCACUGUCCACAUUCUCGAUAUAAAAUAGAUCAGACAUAAUUUGUCACUGCCGGGUAUUCCUCAACCGUGAGAGCUCUGCUUUUCACAAACUAGACACUAACAACAAAUGUAUUUCAAAAUUAAAUGGGUUUAUAAAUCAAUACAAAUUACUGCGCAGCAAUUACAAUGGCAGUAAACAAUAGAGAGGUAGUACAAUAUUCAAUGGCAAUAUAUAAUAUGAUGACAGUGGUCAGUAUCAAGUACAAAGAUACAGUGGUGAUGGCAAAAGUCAGCGAUAAUAAUGUAUAUUCACUCAGCGGCGACGGUGGUCAAGCCUCCGAAAUUGGCCUUGGCAGGCAAUCUGGGGUGAAAACUGAUCUGGACAGGAAAGCUGG